GCUAUAUUAUGGGGAGUGUGUCAAUACGCUAGUUGAUGUGACAUAAAUAUUAUAGUAAUGUUACAAUUAUAUAGUGAACAAGUUGUGUGAUACAAAAUACACACCCCCUAUUUCACAAUAGUUUGAGCCAUUCACUUCCUUGUUUUUCAAAAGUUUUAUUUUGGAAAGUUAGCGCACUCAUUUCGCGAUUUGCCUGGAUGUUGGUUUCCAUACUUGUAUCACACAGGACUGUACUGAUCAAUAUUUUCCUUGAAAUUUGCAUUGAUGCAUUUUAGGGGUCGAUGUUUGAUAUAUUUUUCAUGGCGACACAUAGCUAGCUUAUGCUAGCUUGUUGGAACAUAAGCUAGUUUAAGUUUAUCAAGGAAGAAUGUUACCUGCCGACAACGACGAUUUCAGGACUGGGUUUCCAUUGCACUCCUUCGUUUGGGAGAAUGACUAUAGGAAUCUGGAAAAGGCGUUACCUACGAACAACGUUGAGGAGGUUGACCCCAGAGGACGAACACCCCUCCAUCUAGCAGUGUCACUGGGCCAUUUGGAAUCAGUGAGAGUUCUCUUAAGGCAUGGAGCGGAUGUCACUAAAGAGAAUUCUAAGAAUUGGACAGUGCUGCAGGAGGCGGUCAGCACCGGAGAUCCUGAGAUGGUGCAGUUGGUACUGCAGCGACGGGACUACCUCAAAGCCUCCACUGCCCUCGGUGGGGUGCCUGAGCUGCUGGCAAAGAUACGAGAGUCUCCAGAUUUUUACUUGGAGAUGAAAUGGGAGUUCACAAGUUGGAUCCCUCUGGUAUCGAGGGUGUGCCCCAGUGAUGUGUGUCGCGUAUGGAAAAGUGGCGCCAGCCUGCGGGUCGAUGCCACCCUGCUUGGCUUUGAAAACAUGACCUGGAUCAGGGGCAGGCGAAGCUACAUUUUUCGGGGAGAUGACAGCUGUACAGAGCUCAUGGAGGUGAACCACGAUGACGAGGUGGUGGACACAGAACGUUUCGACAUUGAGAUGGAGGACGUGACUCUUGACUCGAUGCAACCUAAUCAGCAGGAAGUGGCCAAAAGGCUGACCACGCCCAUCGUGAACACUUUUUUGGACACCAAAGACAUCGCCUUUGAGAGGUCAAAGUCUGGUAUCUGGGGAUGGAGAUCUGACAAAACAGAGGUUGUUAAUGGAUUUGAAGCAAAGGUUUUUAGUGUAAAUAAUGUGAAUGUGGUGAUUCGAACUAGGACUGAACACUUAACAGAUGAAGAAAAGACCAGAAUAAAAGGUGAGAGGAACAUUCUCGAAUCACUUCUUGGAACUGUAGAGCAGCAUGUCAGUGUCCAGGGGGAUCUCACUUUGGAGUAUGCUACACCCACCAACCCAACAGCCAUCACACAACAGGAGUACUUCAACGCAGACUUUGAUCUGCAGGAAAGAGACAUUGGCAGGCCAAUCGAGCUCACCAUCAGGACCCAAAAGUUCAAGGGCACUCUGUGGAUGAGCGAGGAGUACCCGCUAUCCCUGGUGGAGCAGGUGGCGCCCAUCAUAGAGCUCAUGUCCCGCACCAGCACCCACUUUGCCCGCCUCCACGACUUCCUCAUCCUCAGGUUCCCUCCCGGAUUCCCCGUCAAAAUAGAGAUUCCACUCUUCCACGUGCUGAACGCCCGCAUCACCUUCGGGAACGUGAACAAGUGUAGCACGGAGGAGCCAGCCAGCCCUGCCACCCCCGCCGCCACGCCUGCUGCUACACCUGAUGCCACACCCUCUGGCACACCUGCGGCCACACCCACACCCUUUGUCACGCCUGCGACCACACCAAUACCAUCUGGCACGCCCGCGACCACGCCCUCUGGUACGCCCGCGGCCACACCCACGCCCUCUGAGGAGGGGGAGGAAGGAGAAGCCACAGGAGCGGACCCGUUCCAGGUGUGCCCGUCGGUGUUCGCCGUGCCGGCUCACUACCGGCACCGUGGGGGCAGCCGGCACAUGCCACCCAUCCACUCACACAGCCACGAGGAGGAGCUGCUGCAGUAUGCCAUCCACCAGAGCCUGCUGGAGACUAGCACAGUGCCCACACAGGAGGUGUCCUGGGGCGAUGCCAAUGGAACGCUCACUGACGCUAUGAGGAGUAGCCAAAGUGAUGGGACCCUGUCGUCUGAAGGUGUUCUUGUGGACCUCGGGGACACCAGCACAGCCAGCUCUGUCUCCGUCUCCAGCCCGGACACCGAGCUGCGUCUGGCCAUGGAACUCUCCGCUCGAGCCAAGAAGGAAGAUGAGCGCCGGCGGAAGGAGGAAGAGGAGGAGCUGGAGAGGAUACUGCAGCUCUCCCUGACUGAGAAGUAAAACCAUCACAAAAACAGACUGGGUACAGGGAGGAGGAAAAGAAAACCAACUUAGGAGAAGGGAAAAAGGGAGCAAGUCCAUAUUUUGCCAUUGUACCACAUAAAGAUUUUGUUUCUAAUUCAAGCUCGAAGUAAUCCAUAAUCUUUUGCUACAGACUAGCAGGAAAUCUGCAAACCGUCACUUAACAUUUGUGGGAUGGGAGUCAUUUAGAGAUGGGAGUAUAUUUCUGGAGCAGAUCUCUGAGGCACUUUUUGCUGUGAUCACCAUUCUGAAUAUUUGAAACUCCUUGUGAAUUGUAAGCCUCCCUUUCCUCACCCCACAGUGUUCUGUGAGUGCUUAAUUCUGCUCAGUCUUUUUCCAUGUCUGCUUUUAAGGCGCUCAUCGGUUUGAGUGCGUGGUGGGUGUGGGUCGCCUUCUGCUUCUAUUCAGGCACUGAAAGGAUACAAGACAAGAUGUUGUUUGUUGUUGUUGAUGGUGCUGCUGGUGACACAUUGUUCAGGUUGCGUGUUUUGUGUGUUUGUAUGUACACACGUGUGUGUGUGUGAGCGCAUUUUGCCUAAGUGUUUAGAGUUUCGGGAUCGGAAUUUAGGGUCAGGUUUGGGUCCCAGGGCUUAGCCUUUAAAUUGAACAGGCCAUCUCAGGGUUCCAGUUUUCCAUACUAACGAAGUUCACAAUAGUAGUGAACUUAACACGAGUAGAAUAGGUUACAAGAAAACUAAUACUCAACUCAGCUUUUCUCAUGUUUUUAAAAGGCUCGACAUAAACAUUUUUGAAAUGGAAAAAAAAAAAAAAAAAACAACUGCAACUUUUGGUGCAACAUUUGUUUGAACCAGUCUGAUUUUAAUAUUUUUCCAUAGCAUCAACCCCUCAACUUCAAAAACAGCAAUAAAUGCCAUCGUGCCUCUUCAGUCACAGACAUGCAUAUGCUUCACCUGCAUAGGCAGCUCAUGGGAAAUCAUUUUCCACAGCAGUGUUGUACAGCAGGAUGGGACAGUGAUAUUUUAUAAUUUUUUUUUUAAUCAAAUGUCCAUGCUCUAGAAACAUAAUGAUGGAAAUGGAUGAACUGCCAAACCUAGAUCCAUAGGAAACCUUGAUGCUGCUACUCUAAUGCAGUAAUGGCUGUUGAUCCUGAACCCUCGCCCCAUCUGCAAUGCCGUAAGGUGAAAACACUCAUUUUAAAAGAGCUUUAACCGCAGCAUAUCAUCAGAUACUGUCUGAUACCAAUGUCUUGGGUUGACUAAUGUCUCCCUGUUACGUAGAUGUGCAGUAGCUAGAUCUCUUUAGGCUGAUCUACCUAGUUGUUUUUCCUCUUUUCCCUUGGAAAGCAAUGUCUAGGUAAUCCUAGCUGUGCUCCUAUAGUUGCCUAAGGACAUUUUUUGGCACAGAACUGCUAAUGCUUAUUUUUGCAAAGGGCCUCACGUUCCAGUACAUCCAAUCAUAAACUGGAUCAGCACUGAUCUACCGGGCAGUGCGACGCAGACCAAAACAUGCUUCUAAAGGGAAACACUUUCCUUUCCAAACGUAAGGGUGUGAGGGCUAACUCAUCUACAGAGAUUUUUGUUAUUGUUUAAUCCAUAAAUUACUGAAUACAUUUCCUCCUGUCUUUUUUCUUUGGGCUUGAACUGCUGAGAAUCUCAAUGCCAAAUUGCCAGACAGUGUCCACCCUUAACAGACUUAACAGAGAUAUAGUGGUGGUUUAAAACGAAUAGGUCUUAAUCAAACAGCAGCAUGCUUACAGCAGGUCUUACUCGGCAUGUUUAAGAAUUUGAGAAAGCAUUUUAUAAAUGGUGUAUGUCGGCGCAAAUGUCUUUUUUCCCCUUAAAUAAAAGCACUUUAUUUCAUUUAUGGUAUGACGUAUGUAUGUCCUUAAAUAUUAAUUAAAGGAAGAAAUUAAAAUGUC